UUUGCUCCGUUUCUUAAUUCUCAACAAAUAUUCUGUUAUGCUUGGUUUUAUGUAUAUUUUACACUUUCGCUUCAGCGAGGUGGAGAACUAGAUUUCUGGAUUUCAUGCACUCAUUUUUUCUCGGUUUAAUUCUCUAGGUUUUUCCGUUAGACUUAAUUUAGGUAAAAUUUCUAGGUGAAAGUUGGGCUGUUAAUUCUUCACUUCAAUAUUGACCCUAGAUACUUCACGAACGGAUCAUCACCCAUCAAGUAUUAAAUCCUACUUGUUGAUUUAACUUCUCAACCAACUUUAGGCUUGUUUGCUUCAUGAACCUUUUAAUGCCUCAUGUAAUACAGUUUUUAUUUGAUGCAUAAUGGUCUUUGCUUGAAUUCAAUGAGCCGUGGACUUGAUUUUUUUUUUUGCCACGAAUGAUCUACUCCUGAACAUAAUGAACUUUGAAUUUGAUUUCUUUACUAGAACAGGAUGAACUUUGGAUUUCACUUCGUUAUGAUCAAGCUUUGCUUGAAUACUACAAAUUUUGGGCUUGAAUGCUUGAAGAAAUGAUUGAGAUUCUCUCAGCACUUGCAUUCAGUCCGUGUUCCUGAUCUUCAAUCUUCGUAUUAUUUGCCUUUAACUUGUUUUCUCUUGUGUUGGGCACUACUUAGGCCCAUUUUCACCAUCUACCCAAGUUUGAUGAGAUUGACAUACUACAUGAGUUUGGCCCAGUUGAAUUGAAGCAUGUGCUUCAUCUCAACUAAAAGAUUAAGCUAAUAUUUGGGUUGCAUGUUUAUUUUUAUAUAGUGUAUAUAUAUGCUCAACACGUCUUUUGACGUGCGCAAGCCAGACAAGCUCCAAGAAACACGUGGAGCAUAGUCUCUUUUUAUUGGUUGGGUAGAGUUUCAAACCCAUGACCUCUAGCAUGGGGUUGGCCCUAAUAGUUGGAUUGCUCAACAAGUUGGAUGAUUUUGGCCCAGAUGGGGGGUGGCGUUUUUGUUUUGGCAUUCUGACAUUCAUGGGGAAUUACAGCUCUUUUGGGAUUUUUUUUGCCCAGUAUUAGGCUAUGAACUGGAACAGACUCUGUAAUUACCUUUGGACUUAGCUUAGAUUUAUUUGUCUUUAAUAUAAGCAAUUUCUUUCUUUCCAGAUAUUGCCCUUUACUCAUUAAUAAAAAACUGAAGUUUAUUACUUCUUGUAAGGUACUUUUAUGCUCUUAGUCAGUUGGGAUUUUGAAAGUUUUAUGAAGUGUAAUAAUUGCUGUUUUAAUGCCAUGUUUAUUUAGAGUCAAUUCAGCCUGUGCUUAUCUAUGUUUCUGUAAUUUGUAUCCUUCAAAAGAAAAAUUAAUGUUUUUAUUUUUCACAUAAAUUCUCUUUUCUAUUUGCUUUUGGAUGUGAAAAAAGUUAGGUUGACCCUUGAUUGUGAAUCCAAGGCUGCUCUAAGAGCUUGCUAGGGUGAGGAAUAGUUAAUCCUAGGGUUGUGAGUGCCUUUCGUGCAAUGAAAGCGCUUGGGAUCUCUGAAGACAAGGUGAAGCCCGCAUUGAUACAUGUUUUGAAGUUGUAUAACAAAAACUGGGACCUCAUUGAAGAGGAGAACUAUAGACCCCUUAUAGAGGCAAUUUUUGAAUAUGAGGAAGCUGAGGCAGCAAACCUUGAGAAGUCAUCAAAGAAUGCUGAACAAGAGGAUAAUGUUAAGGAAGAAGAGGUUGGGCAUGAAGAGCCUAUAAGGCCCUUAAAAAGAUUGCGUUUGAGACUGAAAGCUCAUCUAUCAUCACCAUCCAGCCUGGGUGGAACUUCACAGGUGAGGCAUGAUGUUGAGGGGGCUGAACUUCUUGGACUGCACAACUCCUCUAAUGGCCAUAUGAAUUCUGAACCACAGUCUGCAUCAUGUCAGUUUAUUGCUCAGAACAAAGGAAAACAGCCUGUUUCUCCCAAUGCUACAGCACAGGAAACAUAUUCUUUGCCUCAGCUUUCUGGUGCAAACAAAAGUCAGCCAAGUUCUUGUUGUGCAGGAACUGGUUUGGGUUCUGAGAGGGGUAAGGAAGUUCUAUCUCCUCAAAUCAUGUCGGCUGAAAAGCCAAACAGUGAGCCUAACAAUGCACAGUCAUCCAAAAAGAAAUUUCACGCAUUGAUCAAACCUAAAGAAGAGCCGGUCACUGAAGACAUGCCCCAAGAAGUUCCUGUUUCAGGCACUCAUGCAGUGUCAGCAAAGAAAGGUGGAUCAUCAAAUGCAAAUGGUUUGAUCAGGAAUGAGGAUCAUCUUUAGAUCCGAAGAUGCAAUCCGGAGCUACACUAGAUGUGGCAUAUAAGAAUAAUGCCUCAGGUUUAGGCUUUGCUUGGUCCACCCAGGUUCCAUCUUACACACCAGAAUCCUACCCUGAUUUAUCCACACACCUAGAGCUUCUCUGUG